GUGAGAGGAACAGAACCGUGGGCGAGGUUUGUGGUGAAUGGAGCCGGUCAUUGGGCUCUGUGCACAUCCGUCAUGUGGGGAAAGACCCAUCGUUCUUGGUACGGAAGCCGAAAGGAGCCUGGUUGGUUACGCGGCCGUGGGUCUCCACCCGAGAGUAUGGCGGACGUGAAUGUAUUGGUGAGAGAGUAAGCCACGGAGAGAGGAUGGAAAAGAAACGCAGAAUGGACUUGUUUUUAUUAACUUUAAAGACACGUUUUAUUUGACCAGUCUUGUUCGGCUAAGGUAAAGCCAAUCUUUUUAAAGAAAAAAAUAAUUUCGGUGUGUCCUGUUUUUUUUCCUCAGGACGGUUUUCACAGGAGCAAGUUUUGUUUUUAUCAUGCUGAGGCUAGCGAGCUAGAAUGGUGAGCGAAGCAAAUGAGAAAGCACAAGUUGUUCAUUACAAACCUUUUUGUUUUGCAUUGGUGCAGAUUUGGACAUUGCAAUCGUCUGACUAGCAAAUACCACUCAUCAGUGUCUCUUCUGCCUGGAGGAAUUUCUGCAAUGAAGCCAAUUUUCAGGCGGCGACUCUUUGUGUUCUGGCUGUUUAGCUAUUUCCUAUAGCUAAAGGGAUAGCUUGUUAGUUGAGGAUAUUUGUGCCCAUUCAGAGAUGGAACACCAUUGCUAAUUUGCGGUGUUAAGUCGAGGGUUAUUUAUUUCCCUCCAAUGUCGACGUAAGUCUAGUUGGUGGUAUUCGCAAUUCACUUGCAUUCGCGGAAUUAAUUUAGAUAGCUAGAAAUGCGCGAAUAUAAAGUCGUGGUUCUCGGGAGCGGUGGGGUUGGAAAGUCCGCACUCACAGUGCAAUUUGUGACAGGGACCUUUAUAGAGAAAUACGACCCGACAAUCGAGGAUUUUUAUCGCAAAGAAAUUGAGGUUGAUUCUUCGCCUUCGGUACUGGAGAUCCUCGACACGGCUGGCACCGAGCAGUUUGCUUCCAUGAGGGACCUCUACAUCAAAAACGGCCAGGGGUUCAUAUUGGUCUACAGCCUUGUCAACCAGCAGAGCUUCCAGGAUAUCAAGCCUAUGAGGGAUCAGAUCAUUAGAGUGAAAAGGUACGAGAAGGUGCCCGUGAUCCUGGUGGGGAAUAAAGUGGACUUGGAGAGCGAGCGGGAGGUGUCAUCAGGGGAGGGGCAGGCUCUGGCCGAGGAGUGGGGCUGCCCCUUCAUGGAGACGUCGGCCAAGAGCAAAACCAUGGUGGACGAACUGUUCGCCGAGAUCGUGCGACAGAUGGACUACGCCGCCCAGCCAGACAAGGAUGACCCCUGCUGCUCCUCCUGCAAUAUACAAUAGCCCCAAAGCCGGGGAGGGGCUGAGGAGCAGGAAACCGCACACGAGGGUCACAAACACGUUCAGACACCAAGCAAAGAAACAAACUAACACAAAAAUAAACACGAGGGUGGAAUCCGUGACGCCAUUUACCAUUUGAUACAUGUAACUUGUCCUAAGCAGUGCUUUAAUAUUGAUAAUCAUGUGAUUAAACUCCCAAGAGAGGGGUCCUGAUAGAUAAUGGCAGAAGUUCUUGCCGAACUGGAUUUUUCUGUCCACACGCCUUACGUUUCCCCGUUUCCAGCUCUUGGGCAAGUUCACUGGGGGUGCAAAGAAAUACAUUGUGAUUGCUUCAAGAUGUCAGGGAGCAGGUUCUUGUUUUGUUCUUGAGGUUUGAUUUGGUUGUGUUCCUUCAGUUGUUUUUACAUUUUCCCUUUUAUGUUCACCUGACCCAGUUCUUUGGUUGUGACGGCCAGUGUGAGAGUGUUUCUUCUGAAGGUCCCCUGACAGAGCAGUAGAUAUGUAUGCCACUGCCCUGAGCAUAAGAGAUUAUCCCCUCAUCCACUUGUUUUAAACAUUGAUGAGUCAUUGUUUGUGUACCAGGUUUCUCCUGAGCUGGGAAGGAGAAGCCAAGGGGAUUCUUUUCUCUUUUUCUUCACCAAAACAACUAAAGAUGCAGCAGAACCAACACCCCAAAGGGGGUGAGAAGAGACAUCUUGACUGAACCUCUCAUCACGGUGUGCUGUGACCUACCCUCUGUGGAGAUCCCAUGUAAUCAGUGUGUGAAACCGACACUUUAUUUUAUUUUUCCCCAUGUAACCCAUGAUUUCCACUAUUUUAGGUUUGUCUGACAACCAAAUUGUGAAAGACAGUUUUGUUUCCAAUAGAACAAGGAUUCAGUAUUCCAAUAUGAGUAGGUUUUUGUGUGCUGCCAUUUCUGUAGGAUUUUCUGAAUUCCCAGCAGCCAUUUUGUCUGCAAUCAUUUGGUAUCCAGGCACAAGAGAGUCAGGGCUGCUUAGUGCACUGUCCACUCUCAUCGCCAAAAAUUUCAUUAGGCCUCACUUCUCUUUCUAUUCACAAUUGUCUGAUUGUACUGGUAGAUCUGGUAGUGAAACAAACCAUAAUAAAUGGUAACCUAGCUGCAGACCUGUGUAAAUAUUCUGUAUGGAAGGCUUAAGCGCUUCAAAAUACUCUGAUUCAGCAAGUGGGAUUGUCAGCUGUGUGCGUGGCUAGCAAAUAACAAAGGAUCAUUGUUUGCAGUGGUUUUUAAGCGGUCAAGGUUUGUGAGCAGAACACGGUUCAUCCUGGGUUAGACUUCAGGAACUGGACACUUUGUAAACUGUAUUGUCUGUAUUGCGAUGUGAAUAGACCUAUCCAGUUGCCAUUUUCAUUGAUCAUCAAAGACAUACCCCAUUCCCACACACACGUGAAUGGUGAAAUGGUUAUAGUAUGACACCAGGACAGUAAGAAAUAUCUUGUGAAGUGACAUGAUUGCUUCAAGGUAUUCUUUUUACCCCACUUUUUCUGGGGAAAGGACUAAACAUUUCAAAUGCAGUGUGUUUUAUUUUUACCUGAGCCAUUUUGAAUACUGAGCAGCACAGUAAACCCACAGUGGUUUCUGAUGAAGUGUUGAGAGGAAUCGCCCUUUGGUCCCCAAGGAGAGUUUUAACAGCUUCAACUACGGGCAGCUUGUGAGUGUCUGCUUUUCAUUAAUUGUGAUUUAUUUUAUUUUUUAUUACUUGCUUUGCUUCAUAAACACUGUUCUGUUCUUGAAGAAACCGAACUUCAGGGGAAGAUUACAAAGCAAUUUUUUUUUGAGUUGGGACCAAAUACAUAACUCAUCCACAUCCGGACUCAGUUCCCAGGGUGUAGCCCAAAUUCAGCGUGCAGUUCAGCAACAUUCUCCUUUAGAUAAAUAAUGCUGCACUUUCUAUGACUUCAAAAUGUUUGACAUCAAGAGGGGUGGAAAAUGAAUGGCACCUCCCUGCUCUGUCAAGGUUGAAUAGCAGUGACAUGAUGAUGAUGAUAACAAUAACAAUAAUAAAAAUGAAAGAGUGAAA